AUGCUCUUUGACCUAAAAUCCAUCGUCCUCUACGGACUGGUGGCUCUGGCCCAUGCCUCUCCCCUCCCCGAGCUGAGCAAGCGCGCCAAACUCAGCGACUUCCACUGCCCCGACGGCACCACCCUGUCUGAACAUGACAUCUGCGAGGCUCUGCACGAGUGCCAAACACAUGACGACGGCAAAGUAGGCAAGUAUCCAGCCCACUUUGGCAACAAGAGCAACUACCAAAAGGUAUUCAACAAUAUCCCCGAUAGCACCGAUCUGCGGGAAUUCCCCAUCAUCGUGGUGAGUGCAGGUGUACCUGGCGCGUACCGUGUGGUCACAGACUACAAGGACAACCGUGGUGACUUCCGCGGUGUGAUGCAGCAUACUGGCACAACCGUCGGCGGUGCCUACACGGCCUGUACGCGUGUCGCAAACACCAAACCUGACCCUGUCAAAGAGAAAGAGGAGAAUGCCACCCGCGCCAAGAAGAAGAAGGUCGGUAGCGCUACGUGCUCUGACGGCGUCACUCUCUCUAAGGACUCUGUCGGCAAUGCAUUCAAGGAGUGCAAGAAGUUCGAUAACCGUGGUGUCGGCGGCUACCCGCACAAAUUCGGUAACAAGAGUGGUAACGGCCAGGUCUUUGAGGGUGUCACCAAGGACCUGCGCGAGUAUCCUAUCAUUGAAGGUGGAACUUGGACUGGCGGUGUACCCGGCAAGUACCGCGUUGUUACCGACUACAAAGACAACUUUGUUGGAGUGAUGAUUGAAGAUGCUGGGGCUUCUUUCUCCCGCUGCACUGUCGACGAUGAUUAG